AUGCCUAUUGAAAUCUUGGACAAGGUCACUGCUACGCGCAGGGAAAGCUCCUCGAAAUUAGACAAGGGAAUCUCUAAGAACCGAACGCUGCCAAGCCGGGGCUUUGAAGAGAAAGCAACAAUCUUACGAGCAUCAAAUUUCAGCAAUGCUCUCCAAACGUCAGCAAGAUACGUUCCGAAGACCGUCUGGACAAAGCAGUAUUCAUAUAAAGUGCCUACACCCGACAUAAGAGCAGGCGGCUUAAUCUUAAGCACUCAGUCAAAGCGCAUUGAAAUGGCGACAUUUCCUAGUCACAGGUGGCAUAUUUUGCCCACUCAACACGAUCGAUCUGGUACACUUGAUUCGGCUCCACGAGAUUACUUGAAGUUGUCACAAAACAAGGCUCGAGUACGACAUGCCUCUGGAAGCCAAAUCCGCCCUUCAGGAUCUCAAAACAACGUCAGAGGCUUUGUCAGAAAAUCACCCGAAGUUUGGUCGAAUUCGUCGCUUUCCGCAAAAACAUGGUCAAAAUUGGGAAGACCCAACUCACAUACUAGUGAUCAUCGUAUGAAGCUCCAGACAGAUUCGUUAAGUAAGAGCAAUAAGAAGUUAGCAGGAGUCAAAAAGCCUGCAAAUGCUUCAAGUGAAGAGGUACAUUUUGCCUUGACACCGGAAAUUCCAGGAAUACCAAUUGUCUACCGAAAUGAAAACGCAAAAGCGAUAAAUUUGGAGCGAAUGAGUCUUGAUCGAAGAAACUUACCAGUGAUACCUCUUCUUGAAGGCGAGGAAUCUCUCCGACAGCUUUAUCUUCAAAAUAACACGAUUCAGAAGAUCGACAAUUUGUUAAGUCUGCCGAACUUGAUCUUUCUUGACCUUUGUAACAAUCACAUUGAGAAGCUCGAAAAUUUGCAUCACGUGCCAAACUUACGGGUCUUAAUGAUGGGAAGUAAUCGACUGACAAUCAUUGAAAAUCUGGAAUGCUUGAAAAAGCUGGACGUGCUGGAUUUGCACAGCAACAAAAUCGAGCAGAUGCAGAAUCUGAAUGAUCUUAAGGAAUUGCGAAUCUUAAACCUUGCUGGCAACUUAAUCUCCACGGUUGAGAGUAUUGAUAAGCUAAUGCAGCUUACCGAGCUUAAUCUUCGGCGCAAUCGAAUUAGCAGCAUUAAAGCAAUUGGUGCCCUACCUUCGCUGUCAAGAGUGUACCUAUCAAACAACAACCUCGAAACCUUCGAUUCAAUCGAACCUCUUUUCCAGGUUGUUUCCAUUAACGAACUGCGUCUGGACUUAAAUGGCUGCACAUCGAACGUAAAGGAGUAUCGUGCUCGCAUGAUACGUAACUUCCCGUCAUUGAACAACUUGGAUUCAGUGAUUCUCACUGAUGCCGACCGAGAAGAAGCUUUCUUGCAGACUGCUGAUAAUAAGGGCAUUGAUACUGUGAAAGAAGUCACGAGCGUGCAUGCGAUUUCGUGUGUCACGACACACUGGGAGAAUCGUGCAGAGCUCGAAAAAUUUUCAAAGGACUCACAAUGUGUUCCAUUUCCCUCAUCCUGGGCGGAUCCUGCGAGAAAGUCAUUAACGUCAGUUGUCAAUCUCGUUAAAGAAGAGGCGAAACCUACAAGUCUAGAGGAGCAAGCCGAGCACUGCAUCAAUGCUGGCUCUUCUAAAGUCAAUGUAUGCGACGAAGACCAGCACAUAGACAAUAAGCUUUCAACACAGUCCCAACAUUCCGAUGUAAGAUCAGCUGAAGCUUCAAAAGACGUAGCAUCUGAUCGGCAGCAUGCCGCCCGAAUUUCAAAUGUCACUCAGGAUGCUCUUGACAUCGAGAAAAAAAUUGCGGCCUUCGACCACGCAUGGAAAGACAUACUACUAUCGAUCGUUAAGGAAACUUUGCGAGACAUUGAGCGUCACGACAAUUUUAUGUCUGGUUGUCUCGAUAUCUUGUGA